CUUCCUCUCUGUUGCGUUGGCAGUUUGACUGUAAAGAUGCUUCCAGGAGCACUCACUGUGUUGCUGACUCUAUUCAGCCUCAUUGAGACCAAACAGAAAGACUUUUAUACUUUUAAAGUUGUGAACAUCAGGGGGAAGUUAGUGUCCCUGGAAAAAUACCGGGGUUCGGUGUCCCUGGUGGUGAAUGUAGCCAGUGAAUGUGGCUUCACUGAAGAGCACUACGAAGACCUGCAGCAGCUCCAGCGGGACUUUGGGCCGUAUCACUUCAAUGUGCUGGCCUUCCCCUGCAACCAGUUUGGUCAGCAGGAGCCCGGCAGCGACAAGGAGAUCGACAGUUUUGUUCGCAGAGUUUACGGAGUCUCCUUCCCCCUGUUCAGUAAAAUCGCUGUCGUCGGAACCGGAGCCAACAAUGUCUACAAGUACCUUGUUGAGUCUUCUGGAAAUGAGCCUGACUGGAAUUUCUGGAAGUAUCUUGUUGAUGUAAAUGGCAACGUGUUGGAUGCAUGGGGACCAAAAGUUUCUGUCAAAGAAAUCAGACCCAAAAUAGCUGAAAUGGUGCGGCAGAUAAUCCUAAAGAAGAAAGAAGAGCUUUAACCUGUUAAACGACACUUUGGUGUUUGGAUUUAAAGAGAUAAACUGAACACAUUCAUUUUGCUUGUACAAUCAGAAUUUGUCAGACUCAACCAUUACCAAGUCACAUAG